AUGACAAAUAUUGGUCGUGCUGCUGUUGUUCCCACAUUACCACCCACUAUUGUAGACAAAGAAGUUUUUGGUGAAAGGGAUUACCCAAACAUGAAAGCUACUAUUGCUGACCCUAUAUCUGCUCCUAUUGAUACGGUCGAUCCCAUUGAUCCUACGGCUAAUACAGCUGAUCCUGUGGUUAAUCCUAUGAAUGAUUCUAUUGAUCCUAGUAAUCAUGGUCUUUCUUUACCCACCAACGAUCUUUCUACCGACAAUGCUGACAUAUAUGAACCAUCUCAAAUGACUUCUGCUCCUUCCCUGUCUUCGUCCACAGAGAAUAUACAAGUUGGUACUUCUGAUGAUGUGUCUACACCUUUGACGAACCCUUCUGAUCAAGAACAACUUCCUGUUGUUGACUAUCCUUCUCUGACUGUUCCUUCUCCUACAUACCUACCAGAAAUGGAUGACAAAGAAACUGAGAAGAUGAUCGACACUGAUCAUUUUGCGGAUGAACAAGAACACGUUUAUCCUCCUGAUGACUCCUCUGAGGCUGAUUACAACUUUGAUGUCGACAUCGACGAACUUGACAAGACUACCGCUGAAUCUGCACCUACUCUGCCUACUGCCUCCUCACCCCAACCUGUUUUGCCUUCUUUACACCACUUCCGAGCACAAGCAGCCAAUUGA